GUAUAAAUAAUGAAAUUUAUUAAAAAAUCAAAGUAGUUCAUCAUUUUCAUCUUUUGCAAACGGAUACGGAAUACGAAAGAAUAUUUAAGAUGAAAGCCGGACUUUUGCUAGCCACCUUGAGCCUUGUUGCUAUUGCUCAAGCCAAAAAAUACGAAUUGAGAUGCGCCAAAUCGGAACUUAGCAUACGUUGGCCCAGCUAUGAAAGUAACUCGGAGUAUUAUAUAUGCCCACGUUUAUUUGCAAAACCAAUGACUGUAACCUGUAAUCCUGGAGAAGUGUUCACAUUCGUUUUGCAAUCGUGCACUGCUCCCAAUAGAUAUAUUCCAGCACCUGCUGUAGAAGAUUUGCCACUAGCUGCUCCUAUUCCCAGCAAACCUAAUAAGGAUGGUUUCCUAACACCCUUGGAAAUUGCCAAUAUUCCUCAUCCCCCUAUUUUCAAUCCAUUGAAACCUUCACCUGUUGUUGAAAUGCCUGCUCUACAGCCAGCCGUAUUACCAUUUGAAAUUCCCAAACCCCCAGUUGCUGCAGUUGAAACACCUAAGCACGAAGAAAUCAAACCUGUACAAAAAGAAGAACAAGUUGUCGCAGUUGUAGAGGAGGCACCAAAACCUUUGGCACCAUUACCUCCAACUCCUGCUCCCACUCCCCCAGUUGUUGCCAACGAGUCUAGCAAGAAACCAAGUGUCGCUGCAGGCAAGAAACCAACUACCAACAAAAAGAAGUCUUCGGCUAAGCCCAGCAAGAAUGGCAAAAAACCCAAAACCGAUAAGGAUUCCAAGAAGACGGCUAAGAAACCAAAAGCUCCAGCCAAAAAAUCACCAAAAGCUUAAGUAAUUAGCACUACAACCAGGUCACACACACUAUAAUUAAAUAAAUGUCUAUUUUAUUUUGAAUAUUCUAUAAUAUGAAAUAAAAAAUACAAGCGGAGAUUAGCGGUAAUAUUAACUAUA